CUCGUGUGGACGCGUGCAUGUGGUGUUGCUCCCCUGCUCGGUUUGCUGAAAUCUGCGGUGUUUUCAUCUGAGCCAUGGCAUUCAGCUUCAAUUUCGAUGUGCAGCUGGACGCGGGGGAUUCGUGUCUGGGCGAUCACGCCACCCUUCUGGCGAGUGAAGAAAAUAAGACUUCUAAAAAUACUGAAGAGGCUGGCAAGCCCCUCGAAUGCACACUUAAGGAAGCGAAGGAGCACCGUCCCCCCCUGGACUGCCGGCCCCUCCUAGAGAACUCCGUGUGCGAGACCCUCUCCCUGGGGACCCUGCCCCCGCUCUGCUACCUCAACGAGUCCGUGCUGGAGCAGACGGCCUCGGAGCGCCCGGACCAGGAGAAGAUCCUGACCCAGACCGCCGCCUCGCACUCCGAUCUCAUCGCCGGCGUGUACGAGGGCGGCCUGCGCAUUUGGGAGUGCACCUUUGACCUCCUUGGGUACCUGGAGAGUGAAGGAGUGACCUUCUCUGGGAAGAAAGUGCUGGACCUGGGCUGUGGAGCAGGAUUACUGGGGAUCUUAGCCCUGAAGAGAGGAGCCCAGGAGGUCCACUUCCAGGACUAUAACAGCACUGUGAUUGAGGCACUGACAUUGCCCAAUGUACUGCUGAACAUCGAGGAGGAGGAGGAGGAGGAGGAGGAGGAGGAGGGGGAGGGGAAGAGUAGCAGCCCAUCCCCCAAAAGGAGAGCCACAGGCCUCCAGACACGUGCUGAGCUCGCCCGGUGCAGGUUUUUCUCAGGGGACUGGGCGUCUUUCCUCACCCUGCUGCUCAGCAGUGACCCCCCUCCCAAAUACGACAUGAUCUUGACAUCCGAGACCAUCUACAACACAGCCUCCUACCCAGCACUGCACGCGGUGCUGAGCCAGCUGCUGGCUCCAGUGGGGCAGGUGUACCUGGCCACCAAGGCGCAUUACUUUGGCGUUGGGGGAGGACUGCACCUCUUCCAGAGUUACGUGGAAGAGAAAAACAUUUUCAGCGUGAAGCGUGUGAAGGAUGUGGAACAAGGGCUUCAGAGACAUGUGGUGCUUUUGAGCUUCAAAGAAAGAGAUGCAAUUCAUACUACAUGAACACGAGAUACAGAAAUGGUUGUAAUAUCAAACUUGCAAAAUAUGGGGGCUGUUCAAGAUUUCUUUAGCUUUCCUGGAGUCUAAAAUCGCACUCCAGUGUAACGUUAACUGUUUCUAACAGCAAACACAUCCUGGCUUCACAUUUAUUUUUUUGAACAAAAGAUUAAAUAAGUUUUUUCACUUUUGUAGAACACCACCAUGACAAAAUCUGUGGAAACCAAACCAUAAAGCAAGAAAAAAUAAAGCAAUCUAUCAACAUACUGGAUCCAUAUUGAUCAUACACACACAAAGAGAUUAACAACAAUGAAUGUUUCAACUAAAGGCUGUCUAAAUAUUUUCAAAGACUUAAAAGUAGUAA